AGUUUUCAACCUUGGACAAAGCACGUGAGCAUGGCGACGUCCUCGAAGCGGCCGCGGGAGGCCAUGGAGCCGCUCGUCAUCGGAGACGCAGCUGGCGACGCCGGUAGCGCCGCUCCACCUGCCAAGAGCCCCAACCUCGGCAGCAGCGACGCGCGUCGUCGCCCGAGCGGCCUCAAGCCGCCACGCAUGGCCAAGUCAGGCCUCCCGGUGCCAUCCAAGGUUGCCAAGGCGCUCUCCAACCAGGACGAGAACGAUCGCGCUGCCAACGCAGCGGGCGAGGGCUCGAUCAAGAAGAAGGCAGGGUCGUUGCAGCGACCACGGUCCUCCCUCAAGCCGCCCAGCGCAAUGCCUGCGCCGUCGACACGCAGCGCUUCCAGAGGAGCGCUCGAUGCGCCACCUGACGCGGUACCUGAAACGUCGACGAGUGCGUCUCUGCCGUCGGUGGCCGCGCGCUUCAACGAGGUCAUGCAAGACCUCGGCCGUAUCGACGAUGUCGCCAAGCCUCGUCGCACCAAGCUAAAGCCGUUCGACUACAAGGGUCGCUGCGAAGAGCAGCGAUCGACAGUAACAGAACUCCGUGGGCUGCUUCGGACCCUCGAAGAGCAGGCCAAGAAAUUUGAGCUCGAAGCUGUCCAGCUCGACCAAGCAAUUGUGCUGCAGACAAGCUUGGCCAAGCAGGAUUUGCUGCGGAUCCGAGAGAACGAAGCGUCGCGCAGCGACAUCGUCGCAAGUCUGCAAGCACAGAUCGACGAACUCAAGCAUGCGCUCGACGCCGCCAUCAAGGAAAAGGACGCGUUCCAAAAGCAAGCCCACGAUGUCAACGCCAAGCUCCAGGACGAGCUCGCGAGUAAAGUGACGCUGUCGACGCAGCGGUCGCAAGUCACCGCCCAGCUCGAGCAGCUCCGUGCCGAGCACGACCUCCGCGUCGCCGCCCUCCAGAACGACAAGGUCCAAUUGGAGGCCCAGCGCGACGCGGCCGUGAACGAGCUCGCGCUCGUACGUGCGCAGCUGACGCGCAAGGAAGAGGAUGCGUCGGGGACGCUCAAGAGCAUGCGUGACAUGCAGGCCUUUGCGAUGAGCACGAACGAGCGCCUCGCCAACGAGAACAAAGCGCUCUCUGAGAAGCUCGCGUCGAUCGAGUCCAAGAGCAAAGCGAUCGAAGAGUCGUCGGCCGAGACGUCGGCCACGAUCCAGCGCCUCACGAGCGAGCUCGAGGCGAGCGAAGCGGCCAAGCACGAAGCCGUCGCGCUCGCGAGAGAGUCGGCCGAGGCCUGCGCGAUUGCGAAAGCCGAGCUCACUGAGCAAGAACGCAUCGCGUUCGCAGAGAAGGGCGUCCGGCAGGUGCUCGAAGCGCAGCAGCGCGAGUCGCAGAAGGAGCUCAUGGCCGUGUACGCCGAGUCCAAGGCCAUUCGGUCCGAGAUGGAACGCUUGCUCGCACAACACGGAAGCGACAAGGCCAAAUUUGAAGCCGAUCGACUGCAACUUGCAUCCGAAAAGGCCAAGGCAGCGCAUGCGCUCGCGAUCGAGAUGGAGGCGCUGCGCGAGGCCAACGUGAGCCUCGAGAGCGAGCUCCACACAUGGAAGACCAAGUGGCAUGAAACGCAGGAACACCAAAACAUGGUCGAGAUGGCCGCGCUCAUUACGGCCCAGCGCGAAGCCGAUGUGCUCAAGCUCCGGCUCAAAGAAGCGACGACGACCGGGCUUCAAACCAUGGAGGCCAAGGACGCAGCGAUCGCCGAGCUCACGGCCAAGGUCAAAGAGGGCGAGAUGCUGCGGCGCAAGCUGCACAACACGAUCCAAGAGCUUCGAGGCAACGUCCGAGUCUUUGCCCGUACGCGGCCGUUCUUGCCGUCGGACGGCCCCGCGACCGAGUCGGCGAUUCAAUGCGACGUGGACGGCGUGACGAUGAAGAUCAAGCGCGAGAAGGAGUCGCAUAGUUUUACCUUUGACCGCGUCUUCCCCGCUGUGACGGGCCAGGAGGCGGUCUUUGACGAAGUCUCAGAAUUCGUGCAGUCGGCCAUUGACGGGUACCAAGUGUGCCUCUUCUCGUAUGGCCAAACCGGGUCGGGCAAGACCCAUACGAUGCAAGGCAGUGGCAACGGCCAAAUGCGUGGCAUCAUCCCGCGCUCGAUCGAGAAAAUCUUGGACGAAUGCUCCAAGAACCAAGAAGCGGGCUGGCGCUAUACGCUCCAUGCGUCGUUCCUCGAGAUUUACAACGAAGCUGUCCGAGACCUCCUCGCCAAGAAGGAAGACGCGCAAAAGUCGCUCACGAUCAAGAUGCUCGAAAAGCACGGCGGUGUGACCGUGCCCGACCUCACCCUCGUCGAGAUCCACGCCGUGCGGGACGUCGAAGGCCUCAUGGAGCGGGCGUCGCGCCUUCGGAGUGUCGCGGCUACCGACAUGAACGAGCAGUCGUCGCGCUCGCACAGCGUCUUUUCGCUCUACCUCAAGGGCACGAACGACGAGCAAGGUGUCGUGCUCGAAGGUCGUUUGAACCUCGUCGAUUUGGCGGGCAGCGAGCGCAUCUCGCGGUCGGGCGCGACCGGCGAGAGACUCAAGGAGGCGCAAGCCAUCAACAAGAGCCUCAGUGCGCUCACCGACGUCUUCAAUGCGAUUGCACUCAAAAACAGCCACGUGCCAUUUCGCAACUCCAAGCUGACGUAUUUAUUACAGAGCUGCUUGUCGGGCGACGGCAAGACGCUGAUGAUGGUGAACCUCUCGCCGACGAUCGAGUCAACGGGCGAGAGCCUCUGCUCGCUGCGGUUCGCCCACAACGUAAAUAUGUGCGAGCUCGGCAAAGCCAAGCGCCAAUUCAAAAAGAAAUCGGACGCCGACGCCUAACACCAAUACCAUCUUGAACGACGUC